UUUGACUUUUUAUUUUGUACUUUUUGGCAUGUUACAUAAUACAUAUCUCUUGGUUGAGGAAUGCUCGUAACUUGCUCCAUUUAUAGUUUUUCACUCUCUCUUCUUCCUCUCACAAGAAAUGCAAACACUCUCUCUGUUUUAGCUCUGUUUCCAUGGAAAAGCACAAGUGCAAGCUUUGCUUCAGGAGAUUCUCCAAUGGAAGAGCAUUGGGUGGACACAUGAGGUCUCACAUGAUGAACCUUCAAAUUUCAAAGCAAGAAGAAGAGUCAUCAAGAACAAUUCAACUCAGUUUUGAAGCUGAAUCAGCUCCAUCAUCAUCAUCAUCUGAAGGUGAAGAAGAUGAUAAGGGUCUUUCUUAUGGCCUCAGAGAGAAUCCAAAGAGAAGCAUUCGCCUUGUAGAUCCUGAGUUUUCCUUCGCUGCUCCGGAAAAUGGGUCUUCCAUUCUUCUUCAAGAUAGAGAGAGCGAGACAGAGUCAUCCAAGAACAACCCUACACGUGCAAGAUCCAAAAGGGCAUGGAAAAUCGGUGAUUCAGAUCAUAAAAAUCGUGAAGCCGUGAUGAAAAAGGUUGUUAAAUUUUGUGAAACUAGUAAAACAGAAUCGUGGGUCGCUGAUCAUGAACCUGUUAGUUCGGUUUCUGAUGCGACAACAGAGGAAGAUGUUGCAUUUUGCCUCAUGAUGCUGUCCAGAGACAAAUGGAAAAGGCAGAAGAAAGAUCAGAAAAUGAUGGAUGAUCAAUACGAAGAUGAAGAUGAAGAACAAGAAGAGGAUCAAGAUGAUGAAGAAGAUGAAGAAGCUGAGAGAUCCAUGGAAGACAGUGAAGAAGAAUCACAGGAAUUGAUGAAAAUUUCCAAGAACAAAGCACGUAAAGGAAGGUACAAAUGUGAGACAUGUAACAAAGUGUUUCGAUCUUAUCAAGCACUUGGUGGACACAGAGCGAGUCACAAGAAGAUGAAGAUGAACUCAAAAAUGGAUCAUCAAAAUCAACAAUCACAAUUUGAGGGUGGAAAUUGUGGAACUAGUUUUGUGGUGGAAAAGAAGAUUCAUGAGUGCCCUGUUUGUUUCAGAGUGUUUGCAUCUGGUCAAGCACUAGGUGGGCAUAAGAGAACCCAUGUUACUGGAUCAUCAAUGACAAUGACAAUCCCACCAGCUCCAUGUUCUUCAAAAGUUGGAAGCAGCUUCAUAGAUCUUAAUCUCCCUGCUCCAGUUGAUGAUGAUGAUCUUAGCCAAAUAGAGAACUCUGCAGUUUCAGAUGCAGAGUUUGUCAAACUCAAAGCAAAACCUAUUAGGCAUUGAUGAAUGAAGGUUAUCUAUCCAAGUUGGAAUUUUUUUAGUUUUUGAUGCAACUUGAUGAUGAUCCCAAGGUAACAAAUUUUGGUAAUUUUAUAUAUAUAUUCUGCAAAUUUGGUUAUAUAGUAUGAUAUAUCAUAACUAUUUCUUAGAUUUUCUAACUUCAAUUCAGUUCUCCUGAAUUCUGUGAUGUUUAUGUAACAAAUUACUCAACUCAACCGAUAAUGGAGGAACCAAACUUGUAUUCUUAUUCUGUUAUUCAGAAUCAGAAGUCUUUCUUCUUUUUCUUGGAAGGGUUUCGGUUGCUUUUUUCCUUGUUAUGGAAUUGUGGAAAAGAAUUUGCAAGCAUGCGUGUUGGUGGGUUCUGUUUCAGCUUCCAAGCAAAUACAAAGUAACUGUUCUGCCACUAGUUGAUUGUGAAUAAUAAGCAAGAAAGUA